AUGGCAUUUUUUGAUCCAAGAAAAGAGAUCAUUGUAAGGGUCGAAGCAAGUUUUUAUGAGGGAUUAUCAGCAGGACUAUUUCAGAAAACUACAAAAGGCAUUCAACCAGUACAUUACAUUAGUCGAUCCCUGACAGACACAGAAAAGCGGUAUAGCCAAACUGAAAAAGAUGCGCUUGCAGUCAAGUGGGCAAAGAAUAGAUUUCGCAUUUAUUUAUUGGGAGCACCAAAGUUCAAAAUAAUUUCAUCACACAAACCACUUAUACCUAUGUUUAAUAAAACUUCUACAAAAUUACCACCUAGAAUUGAAAAAUGGGUAAUGGACAUGCAAGAUGUAGAUUAUGAACUGAUAUAUGAGCCAGGGAAAGAUGCAGCUGAUCCCAUGGAUUAUUUAUCAAGACAUCCCUUGCCUGAAACAGAGACAGACGAUACAGAAACAGUGGUCAAAUUAAUUGUUGAAAAUGAACACGGUAUUGUGCUAGAUAGAAUACGAAAGGCCACAUCAGAGGAUAUCCUUUUACAGGAUAUUUUAUCAAGAAUGAGACUAAACGAUUGGGAGAAACACAAGAAAAGACCAGAUUUGAAACCAUUCUUUUUGAUCAGACAUGAUCUAUACACCGCACAUGACCUUUUGUUCAGAUCACAACAAAUAGUCAUUCCAGAAAAGUUACAAUCAGCAGUCAUAAAAGCAGCACAUAGUAUGGGCCAUUUUGGUAUGACAAAAACAAAACAGAUGCUGAGAACAAAAUAUUGGUUUCCGUUACUAAAUGGAAUGGUUGAAGAUGCCAUUAAGAGAUGUUAUGAAUGUAAAAUUACAACAAAAGAGCACAAACAAGAGCCAGCUAUACCAUCUGUAAUACCAGAGACGGAAUGGCACACGGUUUCAGUAGAUUUUGGCGGACCUUAUCCUGAUGGACACUAUAACCUGGUGGUAAUUGGUAAAAGAAGCCGAUUCCCAGUGGUAGAGCACACAACAUCAACAUCAGCUAAGGUUGUUAUUGAAAGACUUAACAGAAUGUUUGCAUCCUACGGAAUACCAGAGAGGAUUGAAUCUGAUAACGGACCACCUUUUAAUUCAAUGGAAUUUGCAAACUUUGCUGAGACAAUGGGAUUCAGGCAUCAUAGAAUUACACCUGAACACCCAAGAGCCAAUGGGGAAGCUGAAAAUUUUAUGAAAGUUCUGAACAAAACUGAACAAAUUGCGCACACUCAAGGUAAAUCAAGUAAAACAGCAAUACAAGAGAUGUUGAUGGGAUAUAGAUCGACUGCCCAUCCUGCAACUGGUUAUUCUCCUUAUGAAGCUCUUAUGAAGAGAACUGUCAGAACUAAAUUAGAUUAUAAACACCCACAAGGACCAAUUUUAAACCAGAGAAAAAUGGAAAGGAAUAUCAAAGUAAAUGACGAAUGUUAUAAACGAAAGUGGAGAAAUGAUUUAAGACACCCAACAUGUAAAAGUCACGACUUCAAAAUUGGAGAUAAAGUCUUGCUCAGGCAAGAUAAGAGAAACAAAUGGACUACGCCAUAUGAAGAAAAUUAUUAUAUCAUAUUUCAGGUAAAUGGUUCAGCAAUAGGUGCCCGAAGACACACGGAUGGCAGAGUUGUAUAUAGAGAUGCAUCAAAGUUUAAACAGAUACCACACGAUACAGCCAAUCCAAAUAUGAAUGAUUGGAGGGGAAGAGUUAUUGGGGCAAUACCAGAUCAGUCUAUCAUAGAGCCAGCUAAUGCACCAGAAACAAACAAUAAGCGUGUAGAACAAAAUGUGGUUGAAAGAAGAAUUCAGCCCAGAAGAGACAGAAGACCACCAGACAGAUUUAGAGAUUACAUUAUAGAUUUUAAUGAACCUCAACAAUAA